AUGUUUUGUGAUGCUUGUGACAAAUUCAUUUGUUCCAAGUGUGCAAAAUCAGACCACAGCAAUCAUAACUGGGAAACAUUUUCGAUGGUAGUCGGUGAAAUAAGGAGAGGCCUUCAUAUUUAUCUCAACAGAAUUAGAAAGAAUGAAAUACCAGAGAUUAAUAACAAAAUAGAGAAGCUUGUGUCACAAAAUAUAGAAAGUAAACGGCAAUGUGACGUGGAUAUACAAUUUAUGCAGAGGCAUCACGAGGAAAUCAUAACGAGACUCGAAGAAAUCAAGAAGAAACACGAACAAACUCUUAGAGACAGUCUGGAAGUGCAAAAUGAACAAAUAAAUCGCUUGAAAUCACAGUUAGAAAUGAAGAAGAAACAACUUCUUGAUCUGGUAAAAUUUAUGGAGGAGAGCAGCGGUACUAUGUCAGACUACAGCUUCUUUGAGAACCACAAAGAACUUACGGAACUGAUGUCCGGUUUUGAUGUUGAUAUGAAGAGAUGUGAACAACGAAAGAGAUUUAGAAGAGGAAAAAUAAGUGAUAAGCAACUGAAAUGUAUGGUUGGAAAGAUUAUUGAUACAGAUGAGGUCAUUGCCAAUGAAAUAGGAUCUUUCCAGUAUGGACAUAGCACUGUACUAAUGUUGGAGUCAUUUACUGACGAUGAUAUCUAUAUAAAAUUUCACCACUCUGAUCACACCAAACUAAUCAAUAAAAAAGGCCAGCAGAAAAAAGAAUUCAAGAUAAAACCCAAUGACUUAUGUGUGAGUAGAAACAGUGUAUACUAUACUGAUGUUGAUAACAGGUCCAUCGCUCGCCUCUCUCCUUCAGGAUCUGUUUCUGUUGUCCUUAGAACAGAUCCACUGUUACCAGGAGGGGUAUGUAGUCAAAGAAGUGGAGGUCUCCUGGUGACAUUGAACGACAACACAACACAGUGGAUGAAUUCAGAUUCAGACAGCAGACGUUUGGUGAGACACGUUUCGCUCACUGGUGACACUAUCCGAGAAUACGAGUACACUUCUGACGGUAAAACAAAGCUGUUUACUCUACCAGUCAAAGUUGCACAAAAUGGUAACUCGGACAUCUGUGUUGUUAACUGGACAAGCAGAACUAAAGGGAACCUUGUUAUUUUGUCUUCUGCUGGACAUCUCAGAUCCAUCUAUAGUGGACAGAAAUUGAGGUGGAAUUUUUUACCUUUUGAUGUGGCCUGCGAUUCUCUCUGUUACAUUCUUGUGUCCGACCGAUACAACGAACGAAUUCAUCUACUGAGUCCCGACGGAGAAAUUUUGAAGUAUUUACUGAAUGAAAAUGAAGUUAACUUUCCCACCUCAAUUUCUUUGUUCAAAUCAAACCUUAGGGUGGGAAAUGAAAAUGGACUUGUAAAAGUUUUCGAGUACAAUAAUAGCGUAAAGUUAAUUGAUAGGUAUUGA